UGUGUUUUGUAUAUGCUUUUGCCCCUCAUUGCUUCGUUUAUAUUGAGGGAGGGAAUUAAGAAAAAGGAGACCGGAAAUGCGAAUUGGGAAAGGAAUUGUGAAGGUUAUUUAUAUAAAUGUGAGUGGUAUAAGGCCCGUGGAGAAUAUGUGGGGAAUGGAGGAGGAAAUGGACAGAAUAGAAUGAAUGAUGGAUGGAUGAGUUUACUUCCGACAAUAUUUAGUACUUUUAAUGCUUUUUUGCAAUUCUAA